GUGUUGAGCUCUGGAGGUUCACUGAAAGUGACUAUCCAGCAGAGCAGUGAGAGCAGAGCUAUCAGUACAACCGCUCUCAAACCAGGGCACUGGACCUGCGAGGUGGGCACAGCCGAUCCCAACCCUGAAUCGGUCCUUAAAUUCUACUGUUACAUCUGCAAGACCAACUGCUGCAGUCAGCAGAAUUUCCAAUCCCACAUGGCUGGAAUUCAGCACCAGCAGCAACUUGGGGAGAUUCAGCACAUGAGCAAUGUUUGUUUUGUUUCGCUGCUGCCCAUGGUGAAGGAGCAGAAGGUGCUCGCGGAAAAAGAUGGAGAGACCCAGCAGCGGUGGUGUAACACUUGUCAGAUACACUUCACGGGGGAUCUAAUCAAACAUCGCAGGACCCAAGAACACAAGCUGGCCAAACGCUCACUUCGUCCUUUCUGCACUGUCUGCAGCCGCCACUUCAAGACCCCUCGCAAGUUUGUGGAGCAUAUGAAGUCCCCUGAGCACAAACAGAAAGCCAAAGAGGUGAGGCUAGGAGAGAAGGAGUUGGGCAGCCCAGAAGAUUCUGAGGAGUUGAUCACGGUAGAUGCUGUUGGCUGUUUUGAGGACGAUGAUGACGAAGAGGAGGAGGAGGAGGAGGGGGGAGCUGGUGAGGAGGAAGACCUUGAUGUAGUGCUGAUAGAGAAUGAGGAUUCUGCUGCCAAGCAG